CGUAGGUAGGAUUGCAUUCGCUAUCUCAUCCUUGCCAUAUUAUUGAUUACAUUUCCCUAUCUACGUGUUGUAUUAUAAUGCAUGUGUGCGUUUGUGCCAACAUCAACAAAAACAAACAACAAUAACAUAGAUCUGCCCCCGGCCCUGCCGGCCCUGCUCCGCUGCGUGCCUGGGAAGGAUCAAUAAAGCUAGUGCAAGCGAGCCCCCCCCAACCCCCCAACCAAUAACUAGCAAUUUCUGUGAGAUGUACCUGCGUGCACCUGCGUAUUAAUUUGUGCAGUGCUCGUCAGAGCUAGUGCUUGUCCCAAUCCAAUAUUUAAGCCUUUGGUAACUUAAUAUUGUUCCAAGUAUCCGUGCAUCUACAAAUCCCCAGCAGCCGGCGUCGAAAUGGCUACCCUUACAGUUGAUCAAUAUACUGAAAAUGUGGAAAGGGCUUUUAAGGCCAAACAAGGGGUUGAGUUAGGCAAACUUUUGUCUUUACGCGAUGAGCAUGUUCUGAGCCGCCCUUUGCAGCUGUGUGAGAUCCCUCUACUGGUGAAGGGGAAAGGCAUCGCCCCCAUAUUCGACAUUGUAGUCGCCCAUCUUCUUUGCAUCAAGUCGAUCAAGUCCAAAGACUACAUCGAAGCUAGCGCCCGCCAGAGUGCAUGCGUGGCAUCCGUGGUGAAACUCCUGCAGGCUCAGCCGGAAGAGAACUGGUGCCUGCCCCUGAUGUACACUGUGUGUGUCGACCUACGCCUCCUGGCUCAAGCCGCUGAGAUCAACGACACGAUUUUACGUGGAAAAACAUUGGAGAAAGCAGCCGAGAGCCUGCUGAACUGCUUCAGAGUGUGCUCGGCCGACAAUCGCACUGCAAUGCAGGUCACAAAGAGAGUGGGCAUGCUCAACGUUGUGAACCAACUGCUUAAGGUGUAUUUCCGCAUCAGGCAGCUCAAUCUCUGCAAACCACUGAUAAGGGCUAUUGAGGCCUCGCCAAUGAAAGAUGCUUUUCCACAGUCCCAAAAAAUAACUUACAAGUUCUUCGUUGGUCGCAAGGCUGUGAUCGACAGUGACUACAAGACCGCAGACGAAUGCCUGACAUAUGCUUUCCAAAUGUGUAACAAGGACAGCGCUAAAAACAAGAGGGUCAUCCUAACUUAUUUGGUGCCAGUGAAGAUGAUACUAGGGUACAUGCCCUCGAUCGAUAUUCUGCAGAAGUAUGACCUGAUGCAGUUUGACAAGCUGGUGACUGCGGUGAAGGCUGGGAAUAUACAGGGAAUAGACGAUGCUUUGACCGAACAUGAGGGGUUCUUCAUUAACUCCGGAAUAUACUUGGUGGUUGAGAAACUUAAAAUCACUGGGUACAGGAACUUAUUCCGCCUGGUUUAUUUGGCAGAAAAGAAACAUGUGAUUGAUAUUUCCCUGAUUCAAGCUGCUUUGAUGAUGAUGGGUCAGGAUGUGGACGCGGAUGAGACGCAAUCUCUUGUGGCUUAUUUGAUAUAUGCCAACAAAAUAAAAGGUUACAUCUCAUUGCCCCACAAGAAAUUGGUAGUAAGCAAGCAAAAUCCAUUCCCACGCUUGACCACUGUGGGGGCGGUUUAAAUCCUUUUGUCCGAUCUCAUCAAAGCAAAAAUGGCUAAGUUAAUUGUUGAUGUUAGAUGUUUUUUCUGAUAUUCACAGACAUAAGUACUCAUACAUUGUGUUGUGUGUUUCUGUUAGCAAAAUCUUCAUUUAAAUAUAAUGGAACUCGUGGAUCAAGAUCUCAUUUGUAUAGGUAGGUCACUAAUAGUAUCGUUUCAUGGUUUGCAUUCCAUUUUAAAUUUAUUUCAUACCUACCUACACCCUUUCAUUUGAUAUCUAAUUUUUUUCUAAGCUGCUUUGUGAUAGCUAAAUAAGUAAUUAUUAUUGUUACGUAUAAAAUAGUUAGUUUCAAUCAUAUUAUUAUGUUGCACCUAUUUAUCCUACAAUCAGUUACCUAAACAUACGUGUAAUCCAUAAUAUACCUAAUACAUAUUAUCAUUAACUAAAUAUCGUGUAAAAGUUCCAUAGGAACUUGAAAUCUUUACAGGAAAUCUUGUAGUCAUAAGCACAUCUAAUGUUUAAACACAUCUUUGUGGCACACUAUAGUGGAAUUCUCAAGAUGGUUUAGUAUAAAAAUAAAAAUCAUUUUCUUAAACUUUACACUCAAAUUAAAGUUUGAAUGCUCAAAUGCAUUCAUAUUUUUACGACUGGAUGACCAGUAGGUAUAGAAGGGCCGGGGAUCGAAUCCCGACAGGCCAUAGUAUUUAUCCUUUUUGGGAGAGAGUUUGUGAUAUUAUUUAGGGUCGGCUUUGCAACGUCCAUUCUGUUUAUCCUAGUGGUGCGCUAUAUUAUGUAGUUGUAGUGUUUGAAUAAGAUACGGCCAUGCGCACAAGGGUGUUUAAUUAAAAUCGAUCAUCUCACAAUAUGAGGAUUUGGAAUCUACGACUACAUAAAGUGCAAGUUAUAGAUAUACUGUACUUACUUCACUAACCUAACUUGCGGAGUUCUGGGUUUUUAAGACACCGUUUGAGUAAUGGCGAUUUACGUGAAUUUGUAUGGCGCGAAAUAGUCCAAACCCACUAAGCCCUCUGUAAAACUAUCUAACUAUUGCUCAUUACGAAAUGGCAGAAACGAAUUUACUUAUAAGGUAUAUUUUUUGAUAUACCUACCUACUUAGUUACAGAAAUUUUAAAAUUUAUCAUAAAAAAUACUAAACCAACUACAUACUUAAAAAUAUAUUUAUUGGUGUCUAUGACGUUAACUGUGUGGAGUUAUAGCCUGUCAGUUAUGAAUAGAAAACGGAAAUGGCAAAGCUAAUUUAAAUAUCUACUUACCUCGAAAAUACUGAAGAAUCUUUGCAAAUUUUGCCAAAUCCGUCCUUUCUUACUUUCUACUCUUAACUGUUAGGCUGUAUGAUUAGAUUAGAUUGAUUAUAUUGCAGUAAAAAAUACCUACUGAAUGUUAGUUGUUAAUGUUUUCAACAUCUUGAUGUAAUCAGCUUAAUAUUAUUCCAUAUGCCAUAACUGUAACGGCAACAUAUUUAUUCCAAUAAAUGCAUUUCAAUUA